CUCAAACACGCUUUGUCUUACUCCCUAACUUCCAACAUGCGUUUCACUAUCCCUACCCUUCUCUUAGCUGCUACUUCCGUUGUUCUUAGCAAGCCAACGUCCAAGAUAGGUGUUGUGAUUCUUACUGAACCCGAAACUGGUCACAAACUCGCACCAAUGAUCACUGAGACCUGCUUGAAGGCAUGUUUCUUCGAACCCGUAGAUUGUCCAGCGGGAAUGUACUCCAAACAAUUUGGUGAUUGCUACACUUGCUGCCGGAGUGGAUCCUGAAGUGUCCGGAGCGUGCUGUGAGCAAGAGGCUUUGUUAGCAGGAUGUUGGCAAGGUAGAAAGUGACGCGGAGGAUUGGGAGUUUAGUCAGGCUUCUGAUCCAUGGGGAUGCAGCUUAGGACUUCGCCAUCGAGGCCAUCAAGAAAUUG